AUGUCAUCUUCGUACCACUCCUCCGAUCAAUCGGGAAUCUGGUCCUACGUUCCUUUUGGCUCCUCUCCACGUCGUCGUUCGGCCUCCAGUGGCCUCCCCCUCGGACAUUCGGCCAACAUUGGUUCCCACAACACGCCUUGGGACCCUUUUGAAAAAUCCGACCGCCAUCCAGGUGGAAUCGGCGUGAGCCAUCCUUCCAUCCUGGAGUCUAUACGAAACGCCUGGAUGACACAAAGUCGGCAGGCACGCUAUGUCAAGACCGGAGGAGUCUUGACCCUAAUCGUCCUCCUGUAUUGGCUUCUUUCGGGAGGAAGCAGCUCCGACUCGAAAAAUAUCUACACCCCCAGCGACUCUCCGACGACGCGAUGUACGAAGCCUCAUGACCUUUCCAAACCACUUGUUCAGUAUGCGAUUAUGGUUGAUGCCGGGAGUACGGGAAGCAGAAUUCACGUGUACAAAUUCAACCAUUGCGGGCCGACACCGGAGCUAGAAAAUGAAGAAUUUAAGAUGACAGAGAAGAGGCCUGAAGGUUCAGGACUGAGCUCCUACAAGACCGAUGCCGAGGGCGCCGCCAGAAGUCUAGAUCCGCUGAUGGACGUGGCCAUGUUCGCUGUACCGGAUGAGUACAAGUCGUGUACACCCGUAGCGGUGAAGGCCACUGCCGGCUUACGAUUGCUGGGCGAUGAAAUGAGUUCGAAGAUUCUCGAGGCCGUCAGGACACAUCUAGAGACAACAUAUCCCUUCCCCGUGGUCUCGCGGGAGAAAGGCGGCGUUGAAAUCAUGAAGGGAGAGGACGAAGGCGUUUUUGCCUGGAUUACGACGAAUUACCUCUUGGGCAAGAUUGGAGGGCCGGACGAGACCCCCACCGCGGCCAUCUUUGACCUCGGAGGCGGCUCUACGCAAAUCGUCUUCCAGCCGACCUUUAAGAGCAGUGCCGAUGGAGGCAUGCCCCCCCACAUGGCCGAAGGGGAUCACAAAUACAAGCUCCAGUUCGGCGGACGUGAGUUCGAACUCUACCAGCAUUCUCACCUCGGGUACGGCCUGAUGUCUGCGCGAAAAGCCCUCCAUUCGUCGAUCCUGGACCACAUGCACAAGCAGAAUCCCGAUUCGAGGGCAUGGCUUUCCAAACCCAUCCCGAACAGCUGCAUUACCCCCGGCAUCCAGAAGAAGGUCAAUGUCACGAUGCCCCCGGAACAUGAGCUGGCAGGUGAACACAGCGUGAUCAUGGAAGGCCCGGUGGACGCCAUACCCGCCCAAUGUCGCGCCUUGGCCGAGGGAAUAUUGUACAAAGACAAAGAAUGCGCCCUUGCACCGUGUUCUUUCAACGGAGUUCACCAGCCGUCGCUGGAAAAGACCUUCGCUCGGGAAGACGUCUACAUUUUCUCAUAUUUCUACGACCGCACACACGAUCUGGGAAUGCCUGAAUCGUUCACCUUGAGAGAGCUUCACGAUCUCACCAAUAAGGUCUGUGGUGGUGAGAAAAGCUGGGAUGCCUUUGCUGGGAUCGAAGGUGCGCUGGCCGACUUACGAGAUCGGCCCGAAUGGUGCUUGGACCUGAAUUUCAUGACCGCACUGUUACAUACUGGCUACGAGAUGCCGAUUGAUCGAGAAGUCAAGAUCGCAAAGAAAAUCAAAGGGAAUGAGCUCGGUUGGUGUCUAGGCGCGAGUCUGCCUUUGCUGGAGAAGGGAAGCGGUUGGGAGUGUCGGAUUAGAGAAGUAUCAUAG